AUGGUCUCACUCAAGCACAUUGGUGUCAGUUUGUUGGCACUCACUGCACAUACGUUCGCUGCCGUCAUCCCAGAGGCUGGUCCAGCAGACCUCGUCGUACGUCAAGCUACCACCGCCUCGACUACGGCCUCUUCGACCACUUCCCGCGUCCCUGAUACCGUCUGCACCAACAGUCCCAGCAAUAGAGGCUGCUGGAAGAACGGCCUGAGUAUCGCCGCAGACUUUGACAACAAGUACCCAACCACCGGCAAGACAGUCAAGUACACUCUUACUGUCACCAACGUGACCGACUGCAACACGUACAUGAGCAAGGGUAUCGGUGAUGGAUUCUGCAGGCCGAUGUUGCUUAUCAACGAACAAUUCCCUGGGCCGACCAUCAAUGCAGAAUGGGGCGACUACCUUGAGAUCACUGUCGUCAACAACAUGCAAGACAACGGCACUUCGUUCCAUUGGCACGGCAUCCGCCAGUUGAACUCUUGUCAAAUGGACGGCGCCAACGGUGUUACCGAGUGCCCGAUUCCGCCCGGCAAGAGCUUUACGUACAGGUUUCAAGCCACACAAUACGGCACGACCUGGUACCAUAGCCAUCAUUCUGCUCAGUAUGGCGACGGCAUUGCUGGUGCUAUUGUCAUCAACGGCCCUGCGACCGCCAAUUACGAUAUCGACUUGGGCCCUGUUGCGCUUACUGAGACGUAUGACCAAACGGCAUGGACGAUGAACUGGCGAGCGCUGCAUACCGCCGCUCCUCCGGAACCCAUGAACAUUCUCUUCAAUGGUUCUAUGAUUAACACCGACGGUGGCGGCAAGUACAACGUUAUCACCGUCACUAAAGGCAAGACUUAUCGUCUGCGCCUCAUCAACAUGAGCGUCGAUACUUUCUUUGUCUUCUCCAUGGAUGGCCACCAAUUCCAAAUCAUUACCUCCGACCUGGUACCGGUCCAUCCCUACAAUGCAACUUCAAUCAUGAUUGGCAUCGGCCAGCGUUACGACAUUGUCUUCAAGGCCGACCAGGCAGCCAGCAACUACUGGAUGCGCACCCAGAUCGCUGACUGCAGUACCAACAAGCUCAAGAGCAGCCAGGACAUUGUUCUUGGUGGAAUUCUGAACUACGACGGGUUCGACAAAACCGAUCUCCCAGUCACGACCAGCUCAACCAUCGAGACCAGCGCUUGCGCCAAUGAGCCGUACGGCAAGCUUGUUCCUUGGUGGGAGACGCAGGUUCCGAAGGACCAGUUCGCCGCUUCGCUUGAAGGCAUCGACCUGACCUUCAACGCAGCCGCCACUGUGCAGAACCAAACGGUUGUGCAGUGGUACCUGAACGACAGCGCCAUGAACGUCGACUGGGGAAGGCCGACUCUGCAAUACUUUGCGGACGGAGACACCAACUACACGGAGUCGAUGAACGUCUUCCAGAUGCCGGCCGAGGGCAAGUGGUCCUUCUGGAUCAUCCACAACAACCUCAAGACGUUCGGACUCGACCACCCUAUCCAUCUCCAUGGACACGAUUUCUUCCACCUUGGAGCUGGCGUGGGCGAUUGGGAUGGCAACGUCGACGCCCUGACGUUCAACAACCCCAUGCGCCGUGAUGUCAUGGUCCUGCCUGGGUCGACGUCCGGAGGCUACCUGAUCAUCGCCUUCCCGGCCGACAACCCAGGUGCUUGGCUGAUGCAUUGCCACAUCGCAUGGCACGUCACCGACGGUCUCAGCCUGCAGUUCGUCGAGAACGCGGGCUCGUUCAAGGGCGAUCUGACUACCAUGAAGCAAAACUGCGCGAACUGGAACGCGUACGAACCGUACUACGAGAAGGAGAUCGGUGAUUCUGGGUUGUAA